AUGUACAAUUAUGUGGGGACGGGGAGAGGUGCUGGAGGGGUGGGGGAAGAGGUAUUAGCAGAACUAGCUGCAUCGGCAGGAUUAGGAGCAGCAAGAAGAGGCGGAGGGGAUAGCAUGAGUGCUACAGCCUUGUUGCUGGGUCCUUUGUUGCUGCCGGGUGGGAAUGUAGGGGGUGUGGCUGCUACAGCUGCCUCUUCUACAGCGGCUGUGGCCCUGCCUUUGCUGGACCUGCUACAGUUUUUCCUGUGGGUGGCGGUGUCACCGGCUGUAGCAGAGGAGCUGCUGUUCAGAGGGCUGCUGCUCAUGACCCUGCAAGAGAAGCUCGGUAGGAUCGAUGCUGCCAUGCUCUCUGCAGCUCUCUUCAGCCUCUUCCACCUCUCCCGUACCACCCUUCCGCCUCUCUUCCUCUCGCUUCUCGCAUGCCUCGCCACCACUGCUACCGUCUCUGGUGUCUACCCCGACCCUUAUGGCAUUGGCGAGUCAGCAGCUCACAAGUCUCACCAGCCUCUCCCGCUGGCCGCUCAUGCUGCUCUCCCUCCUGGGCUGCCUCGCCACAACUGCCACCGUCUCUGGCAUCAAUCUCGACCCGUCUUUAUCAAAGCGUCAAUGUCAUUGGGGAGUCAGCACACCACGCCCUCCCUCUCACUCUUGGUCUCGCGGCUGUUGUGGGAGUGGGUGAGGCUCUCCCUCAGGAUCGACGCUGCCAUGCUCUCUGCUGCCCUCUUCACCCUCUUCCACCUCUCCCUUCCCUCCUUGUUCAAAGAGCUACUGCUCACAGCCCUGAUGGGCGCUGCCAUGCUGUCUGCAGCCUUUUUUGCCCUCUUCCACCUCUCCCUCUCCCUCCUCUUCCCCAACAUGGCCCUUGGGAUUGCCGCCGGCCUGCUUGCUGGUGCGAAUGGGCAAUGA